AUGCCCGCUGUGAUUGGUGGAUUCGAAGUUUCCCGCCAGGAGGACUAUCCAAUCACCUUGAGCUCCGUGAGGCGCGCGGAGAGGCUCCUGGCGCGGAGUUUCAUCCAGUCAGAUGGCGAGUUGGCCCGUGACGUCAGGCAAGGCAGCGAAUAUAAACGGGUCCGGGCCAGCGUCUUUUCUCCCCAGCCCCCUGCAGCUGCCUGCGCUAUGGGCAAGCCUUCCUCUGCCGCGUCCUCUGAUGCCUGCCUCGGCGCCAAGGAGCCCCAAGAGGCCGGAUCGAAGACGACCCAGAAGCAGAAACAGCCGAGGCGCAGCGGAAAUCGCCCCAGCCACAGCGGGGACAGCUUCGCUACCUACUUCCCCAGGAUCCUGAACCAGGCCCACGUGGGGCUCAGCCUGUCCCAGGAGGCCCUGAGUGUGAUGGAUUCCUUCGUUCAUGACAUCCUGGAGCGCAUCGCCGAGGAGGCCGGCCGGCUGGCCCGCUACACCCGGCGCUCUACCAUCACCUCCAGAGAGAUCCAGACCGCCGUGCGCCUGAUGCUGCCCAGGGACAUCGGCAAGCACGCCGUGUCCGUGGGCACCAAUGCCCUUAUUAGGUACGCCAGCCGCAAGUGA